AUGUCUUCACUACCGUUUUUUGCCUUUGGGCUUUUCUUUGGUUUCAUCGUCAGUUAUUCUGUUUUACGUGCUGACUUUGACAUUUCUACUUAUGUUCGGCUUACUCCGGGAAACCACAUAACGAAUACAUCUACCACAAACCCUCGAAAGGCGGAUGCUGUACUGCCAACCGAAGAAAUGCCAAUCUUGAAACUCACGAAGGACCACUUUCCCAAAGUUCGAGUACUGUGCUGGGUAAUGACGGCACCUAAGAAUCUUCAGAAGAAGGCAUUGCAUGUCCGUGCCACUUGGACCAAACGAUGUGAUAAAGUGCUAUUCAUGAGUUCGGAGGAGACCGAGUUUCCUACAGUGGGGCUCAAUGUUACCGAGGGCAGAGACCAACUCUACUGGAAGACAAUAAGAGCUUUCCAGUAUAUUCACAAAACCCAUUUGGAUGAUGCCGACUGGUUUUUGAAAGCCGACGACGACACCUACGUUGUGCUGGACAAUCUUCGUUAUCUCCUUUCUAAAUAUGACUCGGAUCGACCCAUUUAUUUUGGCCGUCGUUUCAGACCAUUCGUACAACAGGGCUACAUGAGCGGGGGGGCUGGUUACGUUCUAAGCAAAGAGGCGCUCAGGAGGUUUGUGGAAGGAUUUCGCGUUGGAAAAUGCACCCACUUUUCUUCCAUUGAGGACAUGGCGUUGGGAAAAUGCAUGGAGACCAUGGAAGUGGAAGCAGGAGACUCCAGGGACAGAAAGAAGCGGGAGACAUUUCACCCUUUUGACCCAGAAUCGCAUUUAAUCAAGGAUCCGGGCAAUAAACAAUCCUGGUACUGGGGUUAUGGAUAUUACCCCACCACUGAAGGUCCUGAGUGCUGUUCAGAUCUUUCAGUGUCCUUCCAUUACAUACGCCCAGAUGAUAUGUAUGUACUGGACUAUUUUACCUAUCACCUUCGUCCGUAUGGCUACCACUACAGAUUCAAUCCUGAUUCUCCACAAAAUAAUACAGAGAAAAUAAAAGCAUUAAAUACAAAUAUGGGCACAUAAGUCGUGCUUAAUCAUAUCUUGAUUAAUAUCUUUGAACUGGUUUUCUGUCCCUUACAUUGCCUGCUGAAAUCUUGGUAGCUCUUCCAUUCCUUGAUCUAAAAAUAAUUCAAAACAAAUUGUAUCUUGUUCAUCUGGUUUGGAACGUUCAACUGGUUUUAACUGAAACAUAGUUAUAGUUCUGGAUAACUUGAGUUCCAACAUUUUUCAGCAAGUCAGAAAGUUUUUCCAUGAUUCUAAAGUGUCCAGUUUUUGCCAAUUUACCAAUGUCUAUAUAUGAAAAUAUAUACGUAGACAGUUUAAAUAACCGGUGGUGCGUGUUUAUGAUAAUACAUAAAAUAUCCAAAAUAAACAAAUAUCACUGA